CAGAGCUAACGCCAGGUUAGCUUCUACUGUUAGCUGCUAGCUCUCUACCAAGAGCUAACGUAACAUGCGUGCUGUAUGAAAACCAUGCUUAAAUUGGAAGCGUGGCGCUCAAAUUCAAUGUGUGAACCGUUGUGCCAAUGUUUAGUUUUGAAGAGCUGGUUUCACGUUUAGCAUUUCCUAGCACGCCUCCACGUACUGAUGGCUCACUUUAGCAAUUAACUUCAGCUGUUGUGGAGCCUCCGCUAACCUCUUAGCUAGUUAGGUAGCAACCUUUGUUCGUUAGCUAGCUACCGUUAGCAACGAUAUCGUGAUAUUAUAUUAAAUAUAUAAUGCGCUGUUAUUUGCCCCAUGCAGGCCAUGUUCAGCAUGUGAAUCAGCGGUUGUGUUCAGCUUUGCUGUUUUACAACAACUUACAUUCGUAAAAUAAUUACCGUCCAUCUAUGGCCCUGUUGGAUGAGGAGGAGGGUGAGCACCCGAGGCGGGAGUGGAGUCCCAGCAUGGGGCAUGAGGAACGCCUUCCCCUCCAGAUCAAGGAGAAGAGAGACCUCCGAUCCAACCAGGGAGACGACCAACAACUCCGCCCCCACGGGUCGUGCAGCACCCCAGAGUCCAUGUUCACACCACCGCGCGUCUGCAACGAGUACCCCCAGGAGGCCCCCCACACGUCCAGCAUCCCCCAGAGCCAAGGGGUGGAGAACCGGGAGAGGGAGCCGGCGCCGAGGGCCUCGUCGAGACACGUGAAGGCAGAGGGCGUUGCUGGUGGUGCUGGUGGCGGAGGAGGCCACCGAGGAGCCACCCCCUCCAGCAGCGCUCCCCAGCCCCUGGCCCCGGUCAACCCCAACUGCUCGAAUGAGAACAACAUAGAGAUCCAAGGGGCGGAGAACGGCGGACAGAUGGCGGGCUCCAAGGGAGGCGCCGGGGGGAGCCGAGGUCAGGGCUCCCACAUGCGCAACCAGGGCGGCGCGAGCGCCAACGCGGACUGUUCUCUCCAGAAGUCCCCGCUCCAAGGCCACCUGUCGUCCUUCAGCUGCAAGGUGUGCGGCGAGGCGUUCAGCCACGCGGGUCACCUCCACGUGCACGUGCAGGUGCACACGCGGGAGAAGCCGUACCGCUGUGGCGUGUGCGGCAAGUGCUGCAGCUCGUCUGGCCGUCUGCAGGAGCACCAGCGCAGCCACACGGGGGAGAAGCCCUUCCGCUGCCAGAUCUGCGGGAAGGGCUUCACCCAGAUGGCCCACCUCAAGGUGCACAUGAGGAUCCACACGGGGGAGAAGCCCUACAGCUGUCCUGUGUGCGGCAAGUGCUUCAGCCGCUCUGACAAAAUCAAGCGCCACCUCCAGACCCACAGCCGCGAGGGGACCUACUUCUCAGGACAAUGAGACCCCUUUCAGGGUGACGGUGGUUUUUGUUGGAACCAACUGAAAUUUGUGAAUCAUAUUGAAACUGAACACUUUUUAAGAGAAAAAGCUAAAGUUGCUGCCGGAUGAGACGUUUUUCAUACUUUCAAAGAACUAGAAACGUACAAACCUUAGUGUUUUCUUGUUUUAUUUUUUUGACCUAACGGUGGUAUCUAUGCCAUAGUCCCUGCUGUAGGAUGUGUAUUAGUCUGUUUAAGACGUCUUUCAUUUUAACUUCUCACACAUAUAAACUCUUCUAAGUCUCGAUUCUGAGUAAUUAGCUAGGCUUCUGAAUUAUUUAGUCUUUCAUUAGUAAUAUGAUUAGCAUGAUAAAGUCUUCCACACAUGCCUUGAACCUGAAAUUAAUUCAAUAAUUUGUUCAUCCAUUUCCCAACUAAAUACUUUUGGUUGCAUCCUUUAGGUUGCAGAAGUCAAAGUGACAGAAUUGACUACUAAUCUAACGCCUUGAUGAUCCAUUCGUUGAAUAAUCCACUUUGCAGUAAUAAUACAAGUUAUUGUAUUGGUCUGGUUUCCUUUUGCUUUGGAUGAUGUCGUCGUUGGUUGGUUUGCAAGACUAUUCAUUGGGUUUAUAAAAAACAACAUUUAGGUGUCUUUCUCAGACCUGGUUACAAUGUCAAUGGUCUGUUUGGAAGAGAGAUAGAGUCUUGAAUGUGUUGAUUGAACAGUUUUCUGUUUAGUUUUCCGCCGUUUUGGUUGUGAUGGGUGACUCGUGUCAAUGCUAACCAUGAGCCCCUAGUAACUAUGAACUUUGUGUUUUAUUUUGCAUUGUUGCAGCGCUCCCAAUAGCUCAUUAUCACUUUAUAUUUACCACCUCAUUCAUGGAAAAUCUAUACCGUUU